AUGGUCGUCAAGGUCGGCAUCAACGGAUUUGGCCGUAUCGGCCGUAUCGUCUUCCGCAACGCCAUUGAGCACAAUGACGUCGAGGUCGUUGCUGUCAACGACCCCUUCAUUGAGCCCACCUACGCUGCCUACAUGCUCAAGUACGACUCCUCCCACGGAAACUUCAAGGGUGAGGUCAAGGUCAACGGCUCUGACCUGACCGUCAACGGCAAGACCGUCAAGUUCUACACCGAGCGUGACCCCGCCGCCAUCCCCUGGGCUGAGACCGGCGCUACCUACGUCGUCGAGUCCACCGGUGUCUUCACCACCACCGAGAAGGCCAAGGCUCACUUGAAGGGUGGUGCCAAGAAGGUCAUCAUCUCUGCUCCCUCUGCCGAUGCCCCCAUGUACGUGAUGGGUGUCAACGAGGAGACCUACGACGGCAGCGCCGACGUCAUCUCCAACGCUUCCUGCACCACCAACUGCCUGGCCCCCCUGGCCAAGGUUGUCAACGACAAGUUCGGCAUCGUCGAGGGUCUCAUGACCACCGUCCACUCCUACACUGCCACCCAGAAGACCGUUGAUGGUCCCUCGGCCAAGGACUGGCGUGGAGGCCGUGGCGCCGCCCAGAACAUCAUUCCCUCUUCCACUGGUGCCGCUAAGGCCGUCGGCAAGGUCAUUCCCUCGCUGAACGGCAAGCUCACCGGCAUGUCCAUGCGUGUGCCCACCGCCAACGUCUCCGUUGUCGACUUGACUGUCCGCAUCGAGAAGGGUGCUUCCUACGACGAGAUCAAGCAGGCCAUCAAGGCUGCCUCCGAGGGUCCCCUCAAGGGCUACCUUGCCUACACUGAGGAUGACGUCGUCUCCUCUGACCUGAACGGCCACCCCGCCUCCUCCAUCUUCGAUGCCAAGGCCGGUAUUUCCCUGAACAACAACUUCGUCAAGCUGGUCUCCUGGUACGACAACGAGUGGGGAUACUCCCGCCGUGUCCUGGACCUCAUCGUCCACGUCGCCAAGGUUGACGGCUCCAAGUAA